UCGUCGCAAGCUGCCGACAGACAUCUUCUGCGAUAAUGCCACUAACUUUGGCACCUCAUUUCGGAGGCCUUUGGGAAGCGGCAGUCAAGAGUGCAAAGGGGCUGUUAAAUCGUACGCUGGCCAACACCAGGUUCACCUUCGAAGAGUUGAGCACUGUCGUCGUCGAGAUAGAAUCGAUCCUCAACUCGCGCCCGCUAUCGCCGCUUUCGUCAGACCCAAAUGACUAUAGCACUCUCACGGCUGGUCAUCUCUUGGUUGGCGAAUCAUUGCGAUCACUACCUGAAAGGUCCCUCGAGAAUAUCAAGCUGUCAAGUAUGGACCGCUACGAUGCGAUUACGGCCGUCAAGCAACGGUUUUGGAAGCAAUGGUCUGCUGACUAUGUCAACGAAUUGCGAUCGCGCACGAAGUGGACAGCAACCUCAACGAACCUCACCGAGGGCACGUUGGUCAUCAUCCAUGAGGACAACCUGCCACCGCUACGCUGGAAACUAGGCCGAGUGCAGUCUACUGUGCUUGGGAAGGAUGGACUUGUACGGGUGGUGCACCUCCGCACUGCAAAUGGAACAUGUUGCAGGCCAAUACACAAGUUGGCAAUUCUUCCGGUGGUUUGAAAGCAGUCCUUUCAACGGGGCCGGGAUGUUCGGUGAAACUCCUUUAAGGAACAAGUAUUCAAAUGACCCUCGUAAAAUAGAGAGCCUACGCUCACUUUUUGUAUUUACUCACCAUAAUUGUACUAAAUUCACCACUG